AUGUUACUUCUCAAUUCAAUCUUUUUGGCUGUAUUUUUUGCGUUCGGCGCUGACCACGUCUUAGCUGGUAAGUCGUUCGCAAAUGCCUACGUUCACGGCGAGCCUGGAAUUAAGUCUUGCUCCUUGUCGAUUCUCGCAGGUCCAGCUGCCCACCAUACGGUUGCUGCUGUGACUCCUCAGGCAGAGUCGAUCGUCAGUCGCUUUCAACACGGACUUCUUACAAUCACAACCGUCAAAAAGCAACAGCACUUGAUGAAGCGCGACGACUCUCUGAGCGCUGCUAAUCUCACUGUCGAUCUCACGCCUGCUGACCCCUCUCGAUGGAUGUGCUACACUGGUGGAUUCCAGGAGCCAGACGGCGAGGACUGCAAGGUUGUCAUUCAUGCUCAGCUGUACAACUCGACAGGUAGUCUGGCUGCUUUCCCCAGCACCGUGGUCUAUGUCAGUUACAGGACUUGUGCCGUCGUACUUCAGAAUCUUGACCAGAGAGCCCCUCAGAUUCAGUACAACUGGGCUAUGCUUGGCAAGGCUGCCCAAAGCUUGUUCAACGCUUGUCUGACCGGCAAGGCAUGGAAUAUUGGUGGAGCUAUGUUCUUCGAAAAGUACCUCAACAGAGACUUUAACGGCCUCUACAUCACGCUCCAGAGAUUCGAUGAUAGUGAGCUUCCUCCACCGGAACCUGCUACAAACGCCAACCCCAAGCCGGUUGGUAUGUAG